ACCUGACGUGUAUACUAGUGGCACUAGUGCUGGCAACUUGACAAGUGUUGAUCAGUGCAGGAUUCUCAUUUCUCACUAUUCUGUCUUGAAGUCUUUUCACUGUAUUAAUCAUCGUCUGUUGAUUGAUGCUGAUGCAAACCAGUAGAUAAAUUACUCGAUUGUGUAUCUACGUUAGCUUUUUGCGAGAAUAUUUCGCUACAAUUCUAAUUAUAUAAUUUGUCGAAUUUAUCGAAGAUGGGUGAAGAUAAGCCAGUGGAAUGUCCUCCAAUAGGAGAUGAGGUGUCUAAAAAAGCCCUUAAAAAACAACAGAAGGAGAUACAGAAAGCAGCGAAAAAGGCAGAAAGAAAAGCACAGUCUCAUUCCCAGCAAGAAUCUACAAAUGAAACUGAAGAUGUAUCCAUGGGAAAGUAUGGACAGAUGAAUAUGAUUCAGAGUAAGGAAAAAUUCGAGGACAGAAAGUUUACAUCGAUAAAAAAUCUGAAUAAAAAUUUAGAGAAUCAGACAGUUUGGUUGAGAGGUCGCUUACAUACUAGUCGUGCAAAAGGCAAGCAAUGCUUUAUCGUGAUAAGACAACAAUCGUACACUGUACAAGGAUUAGCUGCUGUGAAUGAAGAAAUCAGCAAACAAAUGAUUAAAUUUAUAUCCAACAUCACAAAAGAGUCCAUAAUCGAUGUCAUGGCUGUGGUGAUGCCUGUGCCUGUGAAAAUUGAAUCGUGUUCGCAAAAAGAUGUUGAAGUCCAUCUGAAAGAAAUAUUUGUGGUAAGUGCCGCAAAGUCGCAACUUCCUUUGCAAAUUGAAGAUGCCGCAAGAUCUGUCGGCGAAAUGGACGAGACGGUGUUGAACGUGCGAGUGAAUCAGGACACCAGAUUGGAUAAUAGAGUUUUGGAUCUACGUACUCCGGCUAAUCAAGCGAUUUUCAAGGUGGAAGCCGGUGUUUGUAAGCUCUUUAGGGACAUUCUGACAAAGAAGGGUUUUGUUGAGAUCCAUACCCCCAAAAUCAUUUCCGCAGCCAGUGAGGGUGGAGCGAAUGUGUUUACAGUAUCUUAUUUCAAAGGCAAUGCUUACCUAGCUCAAUCGCCACAAUUGUAUAAGCAGAUGGCAAUUGCUGCAGAUUUUGACAAAGUUUUCACCGUGGGAGCAGUUUUCAGAGCGGAAGAUUCUAAUACGCACAGACAUUUGACAGAAUUUGUAGGCCUUGAUUUGGAAAUGGCCUUCAAGUACCACUAUCAUGAAGUGAUAGACACCAUCGGUCAGAUGUUCACCGAGCUGUUUAAAGGAUUACGUGAUAAUUAUGCGGAUGAUAUAGCGGCAGUCAGUCAACAGUAUCCGGUGGAACCUUUCAAGUUUCUCGAACCAGCUUUGAAAUUGGAAUAUCCGCAAGCAAUCGAAUUAUUAGCAGAAGCGGGCGUGACUCUUGGGGAAGAGGACGAUUUGUCGACGCCAGAUGAAAAACUCCUUGGAAAAUUGGUUAAGAGUAAAUAUGAUACAGACUUUUACAUCUUGGACAAGUAUCCUCUUGCUGUAAGACCCUUCUAUACUAUGCCGGAUCCAAAUAAUCCUAAAGUAUCCAAUUCAUACGACAUGUUUAUGCGGGGCGAGGAAAUCAUAUCUGGCGCGCAACGUAUUCACGAUCCGGAUUUUCUUACCGAACGCGCUAAGCAUCAUGGAAUUGAUAUCGAGAAAAUCAAAUCGUAUAUCGACGCCUUCAGAUACGGCUGUCCACCGCAUGCUGGUGGUGGUAUAGGCAUGGAGCGCGUAGUUAUGUUGUACCUUGGCUUGGACAAUAUUCGCAAAGUGUCAAUGUUUCCGCGUGAUCCAAAACGACUCACUCCUUGAGAAGCUUAAUUUUCAAUGUCACUGUAUAUUGAGAGAACUCGAGUAAAGUCUUUCACUUUAAAUACAAACGU